AUGGCCACGACUGCACGCGGCUACGGUCUGUUACCACCUUCUUUUCGUUAUACUUUCAGUGAUGCUCUCUCAAUUCGGGCCGUCCGAAUUUCUAUGAUUUUUUCUGUCAAUUGCCAUCUUUUCCAUCGAAUUCUCCGGAUGAUUUCCGUUAUUUUGAGCGGUUGUAGGGCAUUAGAAUGUUUUUUUUUUAGAGAAAGAGCCAGGCUUUUGACCCACUUGCAAUGAUCCGAUCGGCGCCAAACUUUGCAGGCUUCUCGGACUUGGAUUGAAGUAUAUUGGGUCCGAGUUUCAGAUCGAUCGGUUCAUCUGGACCCGAGAUUUAUCGGUUUUUGCGAAAAUUGAGGUUUCUUCGGCCUCUGAUGCGCAUAUCUCGGGACCAGAUGAUCGGAUCGAUCUGAAACUCGGACCCAAUAUACUUCAAUCCAAGUCCGAGAAGCCUGCAAACUUUGGACCCGAUCGGAUCAUUGCAAGUGGGUCAAAACGCCUGGACCACUCUCCUACGUGCAAUCGUCGUUUUCUGACCCAGAAAAAUGCUCUUAUCAUCGGUUUUUUAUAAAGUGGUCAGACAGUUUUACGCCGGUUUUAUAGUGCUCCGUCAUGUGACUCUGUUUUCAGUCUCGUUUUUUGAUCUAUAAUUCUUUUUUUCAAAACAAAUGUGACAGACUCCCACGACGGCUCAAAAUAACGGAAAUAAUAUAAAACGCCCACUAAUUCAGGCGCACUCAUUUUCAGAGAAUGUUUUUCACAAUUUCUCUCCUCCUCGACCGUUUUUUUAGCCAAAAACACUCUCUGACCAUUAUCGAUUUGUGCGUUCAGCGCGACUCCUGAUGAAUUUGUCCGCGAAAGCGAUCGUGACGCACGGAAAGAGGGAUACGGUAGUGGGAGUGUUGGGAUGGGCGGGCGCGACGGACAAAAACGUGGCCAAGUACUCGGACGUCUACCAAAAGAAAGGGCGAGUUCGGCGGAGCGCGUUUGCAUUCGAUCAUCCACGUGGCAUUUCAGGUACACGACCGUUCAAUUUACGGCCGCGCCGAUCAUCAAAGGAUGGGGAACGAAGGUGCGAUUGGAAAAGCGUCCGAAAAAUCCCGAAAAAUUGCAGGAGAGUCGUGAAGUGAGGCACCUGGCCGAAACGCUCGAUUCGGUCCUGAUAAACCCGUCGAACCGCCUCAUAUUCCACUGUUUUUCGAUGAACGGAUUCCUGACGCUCACCUCGCUGGAUGCACAAUAUCCGCACCUGAAACUGUUCGAAAAGUGCGACGGUCUUUUUCUCGACUCGUGCCCCGCCUCCUUCUCCGGGUUUUCCGUCCGUAAUCUCGUCAGUCACGCACUCGUCAUGGAUCAUGUCUAUGACGGUUUGGUACGUAGAAGAUGUAGAGUCCAACUGAAAUCGUUUCGGUUUGCAGAUCAAAAACAAAAAUUUUCUGACGUCCAACGCGUAUCGCUUCUACAAACGGCUCGAAACGGCCAAGUUCGGAUAUCAACUUUUGAGGGUAUUGUGAAAUUUAGAGAAAAAAACGCAUCCACACAUGAACCCUUGAAGGAUCAUUUUAUGGUGACGAGUGGAAUCAGCCGGCUCGAGGACGCUUCUCCCUACCAUUACGCCCUCAAUCAUCCGUGUUUGCCGCCGAUCAUCACCUCUGUCUUCUCGGACGCCGAUGCCGUUUGUUCGGCCAGGUUAGUGGCGCCUAGAGACCCGAACAAACAUUCUAGAAAGCGCCCCAAAAGCUAAUGCUAAAUUGAGCGCCGCGUUUAAACGGAGUGUCGUUGAAAACAAAAGCAGGUCUCUGAAAUUUUUGGAUUUUUUCCGAAAACCCGAAAUUUCAUCCGAAAAUGAGAAAAAUGAAGUAAAACAGAGAAUUUUCGAAUUGUUUAUGACAGCUGUGACCUUAAAUUAGCGUUUUGCUCACAAGAAAGCGCGCAUUAUUACACUUUUCUGUGAAUUUCAUUCCGGAUCCUCAAAAACUGGAAUUUAUCAGUCAUUUUUGCAUUUUAUGGGCCGUCUCUGUGCUCAAAAUGACCGCCUUUGUCUGCUGAACAAUCGUGAGGCAACUGUUUUUUGAAUCUAUCAACUGUUUUCUCAAAAUUUCCGAAAGCUCGCGUUUUUUCAAGCCAAAUUUAAAAAACGAAAAUACUCUUCGAAUUUUCACUUUUACACGAGCGCUCUGCGAUCAUUUUGUAGCUAUCGGUCAUGUGAACAAACGUGAGGCAAACGUUUUGAAGGAAAAGUGUGCAUAAUCCCAAAAACUCGGGAAAAUAUCGUUUUCAGUUGAAAAACCGUCUCCCGUAAAUCGACACUGAGAGCCGCACGCAAAAAAGCGUGCGAAAAUUUUUUUCGUCGAAGGGGAGACAGUGUAGCUAGUUUAACUGCCGCACCAGACGGCCUACGCACAACACUUUAAAUUAAAGUCUUUAAUGCGAUAAGAAACUGAGCGAAAUAGGACAGGAAAUGGCCUAGAAAUCCAAACCCUGUCUAACUUUUGUUCUUCCAGCCAAAUCGACCUCUUCAACACUCUGGCGGCGCAACGAACGGACAAACGGAGAGAAGUGUCGACUGUGCGACUGACGGACAGUGCACACGUGGAACACUUUCGGAAAUACCCGAAAUUGUACUUGCAAAAAAUGGAAGAAUUUAUGCAAAAAGUGGAGAAGCAUCGGAACGGCGGAAUGGCGAAAUUGUGA